AUGCCUAAUCUCGAAUUUAAUAUCAAGCAUAUGGGUAAAAUUUACCCAAUCUCCCUGGCAGAAACCGCAACUGCAGGACAUUUGAAACAGGAAGUGGAAGGAUUAACUAAAGUGCCCGUGGCCCGCCAAAAAUAUAUGGUUAAGGGUGGUCUUUCUGAUGAUUCUGUGAGUAACUUAUCUUCGGUAAUUAAGGCGGGAUCUAAUGUGAUGUUAUUGGGGACCCCAGACGCGGAUUUAAUUUCUAAGCCUAAGGGGACAAACCAUUUCAUUGAAGAUUUGACUCCUGACCAACAAAUGCAAAAGUUCGAUUCCAACCCAAUUGGGCUACAAAAUAUGGGGAAUACUUGUUAUAUGAAUGCAACUUUACAAGCCCUGUUUAGAGUGGAUAGUAUCAGAGAUUUGAUACUGAAUUAUGACCCUGCUAAGGCUAGUCCACAAGAUGAAAUGCACCAUAAGAUUGUCUUGGAAAUGAAACGAUGUUUUGAAAAUUUGGAGAAUAAGAGUUAUAAAUCUGUCAUGCCCUUGAUGCUUCUAAACGUGUUAAGAAAAUGUUAUCCACAAUUUGCCGAGCGUGACGCCCAAGGUGGAUUUUAUAAACAACAAGAUGCUGAAGAAUUAUUUACACAAUUGUUUCAUACUUUUGAUAUUGUCUUCGGUGAUAAAUUCUCUGAUGACUUCACAGUUCAAUUUAGAACUACGAUUAAGGAUACUAAUAAUGAAGAAGAUGUCACCAUAAAGGAAAAUGAAAAUGAUUUGAAACUACAGUGUCAUAUUUCUAGUUCAACUAAUUUCAUGAAGAAUGGGUUAAUAGAAUCUUUGCAUGAAAAGAUUGAAAAAAGAUCCGAUAUCACUGGUGUCAAUUCCAUAUAUUCUGUGGAUAAACAGAUUACUAAGUUACCUAAAUAUUUGACAGUGCAAUAUGUUAGGUUUUUUUGGAAGAGAUCCACCAACAAGAAAUCAAAGAUUUUACGUAAAGUGGUUUUCCCAUUCCAAUUGGACGUUUCAGAUAUGUUAACUCCUGAGUAUCAACAAGAGAAGAUUAAAGUUAGAGAUGAAUUCAGAAAAGUUGAAAAGGCUAAAUUAGAAAGUGAACGUGAAACAAAGAAGCGUAAAUUACAAGAUACGACUGAUGUUGAUGAAGUCAUGACUCCAAGAGAAGAGUUUGAAACGGAAAAAGCAUUGGAACAGAGUGAAAAAGAACAUUGGUUGAGCGAAUUUAAAAAACAUUUUCCUCCAGAUUUACAACCAGGUGAAAACCCUUCAUCUGUAUACAAUUUAGUGGGAAUCAUUACUCAUCAAGGUGCCAAUUCUGAAUCAGGUCAUUAUCAAGCGUUUAUUCGUGAUGAAACAGACGAAAAUAAAUGGUAUAAAUUUAAUGAUGAUAAAGUCAGUGUUGUCGAAAAGGAGAAAAUUGAAGCAUUAGCAGGAGGUGGUGAAAGUGAUAGUGCAUUGAUCCUUAUGUAUAAAGGAUUCGGAUUAUGA